CAAUAUGUUUGAAUGUCAGGUUUAAAUGGUUUAUAUUCAUCAUACUUGUUGCGAGCCUUCUCCAUAAUGUGAAGACAAGGCAGCAUUGGGCUCGCGACGGUACGCAUGACAGCAGCAUGCUUGGUUUAUAGUGGAACUUUCCAUGGGACAGCAAAAGGAACGUUCACUGUCUGAUUUGGGAAAUAUAAUUUUUUUGUAAAAAAAGAUCUGCUAAGCAUAUACUUGACGUUUUAGAUUUAUUUCGGAUUUCUAAAACGUUGGAGUACAGUUUGGAUGAACUGUGCACAAAGCAGGCUAUCGACUUGACACGAUUCCGUAGUAGUAGCAGCAACAGUGUUUUCUAGCCAUGUUGUGUGUCACGGCCAAAAUGUUAGCAGUAGAUAGCCAAUACCUUCAUUUUCAUAUCGGUAAAAGGUCGUCUCUGAAUCAGUUCUUGGUUUGAUCCGUGGCAGCAGAAAUUGGAUGCGCAAACAUGUAGUUUUACAGACUGGUAUCAUAGAUUAGACGUAACAUAGUAAAAGUAAACCCGGGACAAUCCAAUUAUCUUACGUUUGGUAUGGUUACUUAAGGCAAAAACAAAAGGAGGGUGGUUGGUCGGACGUAAAACGCGAACGUCUAGCAAUCCACAGGUUGCAAGAUAAUCCAUCCACCUGAAAGGUGUGGCAUAUCAAGAAGCUGAUUAAACGGCAACAUCAUUACACAGGUCAAGGUUUUGCUGGAGACAUUAAAAGGCCACUCUAAAAUGUGUUGUUUUGUCACGACACAAUGCCACAGAUGUCGCAAGUUUUUAGGGAGCGUGCAAUUGGCAUGCUGACUACAGGAAUGUGUUAAUUGCUUUACCAUAAGCAGCAUCCAACUUUGUUUUAGACAAUGUUAAAGUACGUCCAUCUGGACUCACAACUGCAGCUCUUCAUGGAUGAAUCCUGGUUGUGAACAGAGUGGGGUUAUGGUAUAGGCAGGCUUAAGCAAAGAACAAUGAACACACUAGCGUUUUAUCUAUGGCAAUGUGAUACUGUGACGAGAUCCUGAGGCCCAUUGUCUUACCAUUAAUUCACCGCCACCACCUCAUAUUUGAGCAUGAUAAUGCACAGCCCCAUGUCACAGUGUUCUGUACACAAUUCCUGGAAUCUGAAAAUGUCCCAGUUCUUCCAUGGCCUGCAUACCCACCAGACAUGUCACCCAUUGAGCAUGUGUGGGAUGCUCUGGAUUGAUUUGUACAGCAGCGUGUUCCAUUUCCUGCCAAUAUCCAGCAACUUUGCUCAGCCGUUGAAGAGGAGCAGAACAACAUUCCACAGGCCACAAUCAACAGCCUGACCAACUCUAUGCGAAGAUAUGUCGUGCUGCAUGAGGAAGUCUAAGACGAAGCCCAAUGGGAAGAAGCCGCCAGCGGAAGAGAAGAAGCAGUAUCUGGAGGCGGAGUUCACUAAAGUACGCGUGGUCGACUUCGACCUCAAAGAGCUGGUGCUGCUGCCCAGGGAGAUAGACCUCAACGAAUGGCUCGCCAGCAACACGACGACCUUCUUCAAUCUAAUAAACCUGCAGUACAGCACCAUCUCAGAGUUCUGUACUGGGGACACCUGUCAAGCCAUGACGGCCUGCAACACAAUAUACUACUGGUAUGACGAGAGGGGGAAGAAGACAAAAUGCACUGCCCCUCAGUACGUCGACUUCGUCAUGAGUCUGGUGCAGAAGCUGGUCACAGAAGAGGAAAACUUCCCUACAAAAUAUGGCAAAGAGUUCCCCAACUCGUUUGACUCUUUGGUAAAGAAGAUUUGCCGGUACCUCUUCCACGUCCUGGCUCACCUCUACUGGGCUCAUUUUAAGGAGACAGUGGCCCUGGACCUGCAGGGUCACUUGAACACUCUGUACGCACAUUUCAUUGUUUUCGUAAGGGAAUUCAACCUGGUCGACCCCAAGGAGACCUGUAUCAUGGACGACCUGUCCGAAAUCCUCUGCGCCCCGGUGCCCCCCACCCCAGCACCCGCCGCCCCUUCCUCCCCUAACUCGGCCCCCUCCCCCUCCUCACACAACCACGUGACGGAGAGAUGAGCAGGGGGUGCCGUGACAAGCAGCCCCGGGAAGAAGACGGUAGAAGAUGAAUAUAGAGAAGAGAUGGAAACGUUCCUGGUCCCCUUCCUAGACCUCAGGCUCCAGCAGCAGGACUUAGAGACCUUCCACUAACCUGAUAUUUCACUGACACCAACCAGCCGGAAGGAAGGUUUAUUUGAGGGGGGAGGGGGGGUGUUGCCACACCAACAGGAAUUGGUGUGAGCCUGUUCCUUCCAGGGGCAAAUCCCUCCCAUCUGCUCUGCAAUUUAAACUAGGAACAAAUAUGUAAUGUUUUUUAUUUUAAUUUUGGUUUUAUUUUACUUUUAUUCUGUUGGAAAGGUUUUUAUUCAGUUGUAUUUGUUUUUCUCAUUUGAGACAGUGUUUCUGUUUGCCCUUCUCUCCCUCUGUUCUCUGCCUAAAGUACAGUUCAGGAUGGUGACUGCUUUGCUUGAACGUACUAUUGUAUAGUGUUGUUAUUGUGUGGAGAAAAGGUGACUCAACAAUGAGUAUUGGCUCCUCGCUCCUGCCUAGUGGUGGGAGGAUUGAAGGGGGAGGGUCUAUAGGGAGCCACGUUACUACCUAGUGGGACAAUACUAGCCAAUCACUGUUUGAGUUGUUAAUCUGGAGAUGAUUAAAGCGCUUCCUACUCAGGACCAGAGAGAACACAAGUCACUGCAUUUAUUCUCUCCCACCCUCGCUCUCUCUCUGUUCACAAAACUACUCUGUCCCUUCAAUAUUACAGUUGUCAUUCUCGUAUUACUUUAGUCAUGUAUUCACCUGAUGAACCCCUCUUUAACAUCCCUGUCCCAGAGGCCACCCAUAGGGGGCAGUAUAGACAUAGGCUGGCACUGCCACGCAAACAGGGAGAUAAGAAGAUAUCAAAAUUCUAUGUAAGUUAUUUAAUAUGACCAGACCUGCUAUUACAAGACAGACUGGUGCCCAUGUCUGGUUACAGGGGAGAUUGGUGCAGAGUGGAGUCCUCUUCCCCAUGGAACUGCAGUUUGCUGCGGUGUGAUGGAGCGUUGGCCACCCUGCCCUCUCUAGCAGCACAGGAGAAGGACAAGGACAUUGGUAAUGUCUGCAGGCCCAGAAAGAGGGGAGGAAAGGAGGAGAGAAAGGAGAAGUAUGGUGUGGUCUGCUUUACUGUUCUGUAUUGCUGAAGAAGCCCCCCAGCCCCUUGUCUUUUGGAGUUUUAUUUUCCCUUUUUAAAUGAUCAAAGAGGAAAGUAGUUAAUGAAAGAUGUUCUCCUACACAUAUAUAGAAAGCUGCACGGUCUGCUUCAUCUUCACUGUACAGAGAGAGGAAAGAGGAAUCAAUCAGACAGCCUCUGUAUCGAGGAGGAGGCUUUAUUCUCUGUUUAUUUAUUUUCAUUUGGUUUUGUUUGCAGGGUUCUUCAGUUCUGGCUUUUAUUUUUAUGUAUUUUAAUUAUUAACUAAGUUAAAAGCAAUUUAAUAUUUUAAGCUCUGCUGAUUAUAAUCGAAUAAAAUACAUAAAUGCC